UUUCUGCUGCUGAGCGCUGGCCUCCUCCUGAUUCAGGAGCAGCCAAAGGCCGGGAGGAGCAGGACCAGGACCCGGAGGGGGCUUUCCUUCUUCCCCGGCCAUGGCCUUCAUGGAGAAGCCGCUGGCGGGGAAGGUGCUGCUGGACGACACGGCCCCCCUCUCGGCCGUCAUCGAGGCCAGCCAGACCCUCCACUCCCACACGGAAUACAUCAUUCGAGUGCAAAGAGGAAUUUCCAUGGAAAAUAGUUGGCAGAUUAUAAGACGAUACAGUGACUUUGAUUUGCUGAAUAAUAGUUUGCAGGUAUCUGCUCUUAGCCUACCUUUUCCUCCCAAAAAGUUGAUUGGAAACAUGGAUCGUGAAUUCAUAGCCGAAAGACAGAAAGGGCUCCAGAACUAUCUCAAUGUAAUCACCUCCAAUCAUAUACUGUCCAACUGUGAACCAGUAAAGAAAUUUUUGGAUCCAAACAACUAUUCAGUAAACUAUACAGAAAUUGCCUUACAACAUGUUUCAAUGUUCUUUCGGUCAGAACCAAAGUGGGAAGUAGUGGAACCAUUAAAAGAUAUAGGCUGGAGGAUACGGAAGAAAUAUUUCUUAAUGAAGAUUAAGAAUCAACCAAAGGAGCGGCUAGCUCUAAGCUGGGCAGACCUUGGCCCUGACAAAUACCUGUCAGACAAAGAUCUUCAGUGUGCUGUGAAACUUCUUUCUUCUUGUUCUCAUCCCUAUAUUUAUAAAGUCACUUUUGCGACAGCCAGUGAAUCUUCUGCACUAGUAAUCAGACCCUUCAAUGAAAAAGGAACGCUAAAAGACCUGAUAUAUAAGGCAAAACCAAAAGAUCAAUUUCUGAAGAAGUACUGCAACCCAAAAAAAAUUCAAGGUCUUGAGAUUCAUCAGAUAAAAACAUUUGGCAGACAAAUACUAGAGGUUGUAAAGUUCUUGCACGAUAAAGGAUUUCCUUAUGGCCACCUUCAUGCAUCCAAUGUAAUGCUGGAUGGAGACACAUGCAGGUUGUUGGACUUGGAGAAUUCAUUGCUGGGACUGCCGUCCUUCUAUCGGUCUUAUUUUACUCAGUUCCGUAAAAUCAAUACUUUAGAAGCUGUUGAUGUCCAUUGCUUUGGUCAUUUGCUGUAUGAAAUGACAUAUGGGAGACCCCCAGAUUCUGUUCCAGUGGACAGUUUUCCUCCUGCGCCAUCCAUGUCUGUAGUGACUGUAUUGGAAUCCAUUCUUUCUCCUGAAGCCAUGAAGAAUGGCAUGCCAACCGUCUCCCGUCUCUUACAAAUGCCGUUAUUCAGUGAUGUCCUUUUAACAAAUUCAGAAAAAACACAGUUUAAGAUUCCCACUAAAUUAAAAGAAGCUCUGAAGAUUGCCAAAGAAUGUAUAGAGAAGAGACUAGUAGAAGAACAGAAACUGAUUCAUCAGCACAGAAGACUGACGAGAGCUCAGUCUCAUCAUGGUUCAGAGGAAGAGAAAAAAAGGAGGAAGAUCUUGGCACGAAAAAAGUCUAAACGCUCAGCCUUCGAGAGUGGGGAAGAACAAACUAUGAAAUACAGCAACUCAAAUAAUUCAGCAGGCUCUGGGGCAAGCUCACCUCUAACGUCGCCUUCUUCUCCUGUCCCACCUUUUACAGCAGUAGGUGCCUCAACAAUUCCUUCACCGCCUCCACCACCAGCAGUUCCGCCCCUUCCUCCAAAUUUGGAUGUGCCAACACAGUCUGACCCACAGCUUGUUAACAACACAAGUCGGGGUGCCUUACUCAGCUCCAUUCAGAAUUUCCAGAAAGGAGCUUUGAAGAAAACAGAGACCUGUGACUACAGUGCUCCCAGAAUCAGCUGAAACCAAUCACACCAACUCCUCUUGGAUAUAUUGUCAACCUGUGUUCUAGAAACAAAUCUUUCUUGUAACAAUUUGAUUUAGCCACUGCCUGGUGGUGUCUUUGUUUUACAGCUGCCUGAUUAGAGGCAUUUCAAGCCACCCACCCACACACCCCAGCAAUCUUUUUGGGUGGCAGGACUGUCUCCGAUUGCACCCUCUAAAAUGGCAAAGUGUCAUUUCUAGUGGAAAGGAACUCCUACUCUUUAUGGAAUCUUGUUUUGAUAGGUAGCAUUCUUUCUAAUAGAAUAAAAAAAUUCAAAAGCU